CGAGCUGGUUGUCUGCAAGGGUUGACUGCAACACAGAGCUAUGUCUGGACGCGGAAAGCAAGGCGGCAAGGCGAGGGCCAAGGCGAAGACCAGGUCGUCCAGGGCCGGGCUGCAGUUCCCGGUGGGGCGCGUGCAUCGCCUGCUGCGGAAGGGCAACUACGCCGAGAGGGUGGGCGCAGGGGCCCCUGUCUACCUGGCCGCCGUCCUGGAGUACCUGACGGCCGAGAUCCUGGAGCUGGCCGGGAACGCCGCCCGGGACAACAAGAAGACCCGCAUCAUCCCCAGGCAUCUGCAGCUGGCCAUCCGCAACGACGAGGAGCUCAACAAACUCCUUGGGAGGGUCACCAUCGCCCAGGGAGGGGUGCUGCCCAACAUCCAGGCCGUCCUCCUCCCCAAGAAGACCGAGAGCCACAAGGCCAAGGGGAAGUAGAGGCCCCAUAUACACACACACACACACAAGAACCCCAAAGGCUCUUUUAAGAGCCACUCACCACUUCAGAGAAAGAGCUGCUAUCAUUUCUGGGAAAGAAAAAAGUUCCCAGUUAACUCUAUGGCAAACAUGGCAAGUACUGUAUAAUUUUAUUUUGCAGCUUCCAUGACUUUAUGCAACUAGGUGUCAACAGAAGAAUUCAUAGGUUUUGGAUGUUGUUGGGUGCACUUGGAAUUCAAAGAUUCAUCCCUGUUACUCUAGAAUCGGUAUGACGAGAGCAGUGGCUCCCAAAGCUGUGCCCUUUGUAAGGGCUGUUGGGCUCCAGCAUGGUCGGUCAAUAGACUGGGAGCUGAGGUCCAAAACAGUUAAUAUUCCCUAGUUAAUAAUCCUAAUCCUAGUUAAUAAUUUCCUAAUAUUAGGAUAUUAUAUUCAUAAGGCUUUGAUAGUGAAAAGACAGGAGCAAGCGAGGAUGACAGAGAUGGUUACUUAAGUAACAACUUUGAAAGCCUUUUUGUUUCCAGUUUUCACAGAGGGAGGAUUUUCACUUCCUUCACUAGAAACAUUGUUCCUUUCCAAAGGAGCUAAAGAACAAAGAAGAAAGGGACGCAGCUGAUUGGCUCUUGCCAGCGCGGGAAUUUUGAAAACAAAGGCUCUCAGCCAAUCAGGAGCGAGCGCGGGGUUUUUUGAAAACAGAACCCCAGAUGAUCCUUCCUUCCUUAAGAAAUGGAGCAGCUUUGAGUGCAAAAGAUAUGCUUUUACUUAUGUUUUAAUGUUGGUGAUAUUAAAUUAUUAUUAUUAUUAUUUAACUUUUGUUAUCAAUAUUUUAGCUCUGUCUUUUUAAAUCAUCGUAAUCCACUUUGAAUUCCUAUUGCAGGAAUAAGGCCAGGAUAUAAAACCUUGAAAUGAAAUGAAAUAAAUUCUUUCUGGUUCCAGGAAAAUUAUUCAGGGGUAGCUGAGUUGGCCAUAUAGCAAGGCACAAUACACACCCACAUAUAUAUAUUUGGAACAACUAAAAUGCACAAAAUAUAUGUGACACAGCUGAAAAAAACAUUAAAUAUAUUUCUUCUAGAAGGCCAGUCAGUUUUAAAACAUGACUUUUAACUGGUAUAUUUAAAAUAAUGUACUCAGACGACUGUGCUUAAAUGGUUUUAUAAAAUUGCAUUGUAACUGUGAGUUUUCCUUUUUAAUGGAAUUUUGUAUUUUAAUAUGCUGUACCCAGAGUGAACAGACGUCCUCCUUUUCCAGGACAUGCCCUCCAUUUCAACCUUCUGUGCAGGAGGGAUUCCUUAAUGUCCUCCAUUUGGAGGAGGACAAAGAAGCAUGUAUUUAUAUAUGAGUGUUUCUAGCUUUUAUUUCGUCGUGUCCUGCAUUUUUAUUGUAUGCCCUUUCAUUUUAGGGUGCCUUGGCCUCCUUUGAGGCUUGCAGCUCUGGUCACUGUAUCCUGCCUUGAGGAGAGACAGGGAAGAAAUAAAAUGCGUUGUUGUUGUUUCAAUGUUCCAACAACAACAUCUUGACCUGUACUGGCCUGUGGCUAACUCACCAUAUUUUUUAUUUUCUGCCAACCUCCUGUAUGGUUUUUAACACCUUUGCCUGAUGAAGAAGCCAAUGGAGCUUUGAAAACUUCCGUGAUGAUGUAUUGUGUACACUUUGGUUGCGCCCCGUAAAGGUGUCACUGGAUUUGGGAUGUUAUUGUAUUUCCUGGCUUAGAUUAAUCAUAGAGUUGGAAGAGAUCCCAAGGGUCAUCCAGUCCAACCCCAUUCUGCCAUGCAGGAACUCUC